UCCUCGGCUGCGCUGCUAAUCAAAAGAGAAACGUUUCUCGCAGAGGCAGGAUCGUGCGUUUCGUCGGGCGAUUUUUUUUCUCGCGAACCAACAGGGAGAAAGGUGCCAAAGACAUCCAUUUUGUGGCACGAAGAAAGCGAGCUGUCCGUUCUGAUACUUUUGUUGUCCGGAGUGUCCUCCAGGUUCAGAUCGCAAACGGACCGAAAUUAGCCAUUUUCCACACCUUGGGCAGUGCGUUUUUUUCUUCCAUCGUGUCACACACACACAGAGGAGGAGCACCGUGAAGAAGAAGAAGGAGGAGGAAAAUUUUCUGCAGCAGAAAGAGUCAGCACACAAACACUAGCGCGCAGAGAGGGCCACGGAAUUACACAAUACAACGAAAUAGGUGUUGGGCCUGUUCGGGUGGUGUUUCCAAUAAUAGACCGCGCGCGCGGCCACACAGGGCGUGUGUGUGUGUGUGAGAGAGAGUGUGUUUGUGUUCCAGUGACGAGGAGGGAGAUUGUCAACGUUGAGGUCAAACGGAGAUCGUAGAAUAGUCUAGUGGAAGUCGCGGUCGGAAGAAGGAGUGAGAAAAAAAAUGCACAUAAACAAUCCGGACGCGUUGAAGACGUGGCUGACGGAGGUGCUGGAACCGUUGUGCGAUGCCGAUCCGGCGGCCCUGGCCAGGUACGUGCUGGCCCUGCUGAAGAAGGACAAACCCGAGAAGGAUCUGCGGGACUGCAUGAAAGAACAGCUGGACGUGUUUUUGGGCGCGGAGACGGAACCCUUCCUGGAGCAGCUGUUCCGGUCGAUCAAGAGUGAAGAGUACAUCAAGGUGGUGCAAGCGAAGGAGGCGGCCGCAGCGGCAACAGCCGCGGCCACGGCAGCAGCUACCGCCCAGCAAGCUAGUCCCGCCGUUGCCCCAACUACGACGACGACGACCACCACCACCACCACGGAACAGGUCAGCAGCAAUUCAACCCACAGUACCAACUCCACCUCCAGCUCCAAGGUGCGCAUCAAGCGCGAGUUCACCCCGCCCCUGCACGAAAGCAAACCCUCCAAAGACUCGCUCGCGGCAGCCGGAGUUCCGUCCGGAGCGACGACCGUAUCGAGCAGCAGCAGCAGUCACGAAAACAACGGCAGCGAACUGUCGAGCAGUGCCAGCAGCGGUGCCAUCUCGGCGGCCACUCCCAAUCUGGCUAGCGCGGUACCCGCCAAGUCGACGCCCCCCGUCAAAAGCUCCAGCAAGGAGGAUCAUGUGAGUAAAAGCAAAGAAAGCAGCCGCAGCCGUGGCCGCCGGAUAUCGAACCGGUCCCGCUCUCGGUCGCGCUCGCGCUCCUUUGAACGUUCCCGCCGCUCCCGGUCACGGGACCGUGGCCUGGCGCGGGGCAGCGAAUCCAACCGGGACAAGUCGAAUCGGGCGUACCGAAACAAAUCCCCCGGACGGGAUUCGUUCCGUAGCGGCGGUGGCAGCAGCAGCAGCCGGUAUGACCGCAAGAACCAUGGCAACAACUACGAAAGUCGUCGCGGCGGUGGAGGUUCUGGAGCGACGGGUGGAAGUGGUAACAACCGGGGUACGAUCCGGAGUCAGUCGAGAAGCCGAUCACCGUCGCCGAUGGCGGAUCGGAGGAAGAUGGCCCGGUCGGAAUCUCCGGCCGUGGCGGCUCCUGCGAAUGUAGCGGCCCCGGCACUGGUGGAGCAUAAACCUGUGGUUGAUGGUGCGCUGUUGGGAACGGGGAAACGGCAACGCUGCCGGGACUUUGACGAGAAGGGUUACUGUAUGCGAGGGGAAACUUGUCCGUGGGAUCACGGAGUGGAUCCGGUUGUGCUGGAGGACAUUAAUAACCCGGCAUUGAUUACGAUUCAGUCGGCGGCUCAGCUGCGGGCGGGUCCGAUUCAUCCCGAGUAUAGUCCGGACGCGCCGGAACUGUGGAACCGUCCGCCGAACUUCCCUCCGGGCAGACCGUCGAUCACGCAGAGGUUAGGAAACAUCACAGGAGUGAACGUUGGAGGUGGAUUUGGACCACGUGGUGGAAUGGCUGGUGGGAACUUUAGGAACGUUGCUCCUGGGUUUCCUCCGGGCUUCCCGGGCAAUCCGAUUGGGGCUACGCCGCUGCAGCGGGAGUUGAUUUCGGUGCCGGUUGUGGACGCCAACAAGGGUGGUGAUGUUUCGUCGCAGCAGACGAAACGACGAUUUGAGCCCGAGGACGCCGUUGCGAUUGCUGAUGGACAUUUGAAGCGCAAGCUUCCGUUGAACAACCGGUUGGGACCACGCGUUACGGGACAUCCGGCUGGUGCUGGUGGUGCCGUUAACCCUCAGCAGAAUUGCUCGCUCGAGCUGAGAAAGAUACCGCGCGGGUUGAACGCGAUCGCUCAUCUGAACAACCACUUUUCCAAGUUUGGCAAGAUUGUCAACAUCCAGAUCAGCUACGACGGCGAUCCGGAGGCUGCGAUUGUGACCUUCUCGACGCACGCUGAGGCAAACGUGGCCUAUCGGAGCACCGAAGCCGUGCUGAACAACCGGUUCAUAAAAGUAUUCUGGCACACGGGAGGAAACGGUGGUGAACAGCCUGGUAUCACUCCGGCGGCCAAGACGGAACAUUCGCUGCGUAGGUCGUACCCGAAUCAGUACAGCAUCAACAACAAUUUGAACCAGAAUUCUAAUGUUACUACGGCCGGAAGUACACCGACGACCGUAACACCCGCGGCCACAAAGGAUGGCGUCGUGGUCACGAGCAGUAGCGGAGCAAUCGUAGCUAGCAGCGGUGGAGAGAACGUGGCCCCGGCCACAACGGCGGUCGCAACCGGUUUCACCAACACCGCCACCAAGCUGGUCAACACGGUUACGACCCCGAUCGUAACUGCGAAUCAGCUGCGCAUGAAAAACGCCAAGAUCAAUCGGGCCACGUCGGAACUGCUACGCAAGAAGCAGGAACUGACCCAGACGAUGCACAAGGGCAAGUACGAUCUGAUGCAGGGCUACCUGAAGGAACUGAGCAAGCUGAUAAUGAUGGUGGAGAAGGUCGAAGCGACCGAUCCGAUGCGUACCAAGCUGCUUGCACCGAUUAAGGACCUCGAGGCGAAAAUCGCUGCCCUCAGGGCGGAAAUCUCCAGCGAGCAGAACCAGAUUGCGGCAACGCUGCUGCCCAAGCGUAAAACAAAAGAACAGCACGAGAAGGACAUUCUGGACGCUGAGUUGGAGAUCAUCGCGGCGGAACAACGAACGCAUCGUAUCCCGGGCGUCGGUGGUGCCAACCCUCAACCUGCAGCAGCAGGGCCAAUCGCCGGAACUCUUCCUGGCACCGGAAAGCCGCAACUCUCCGGACCACGCCCCGGGCGUCCCAUCAACCGGCCGCUUGGUUCAAACAGCGUCGAUCGACGUCCCACCACGAUCUCCAUCACUGGGUUCGCGGCCGAGGACGCCGACGCCCUGCUGGGACACUUUAAAAACUUUGGCGAAAUCACCAAACAUCAGCUGGACAAAACGGUGCCAUCGCUGCUGAUCAGCUACUCGAUCCGGCAGAACGCCGAGAAGGCUCUCGUCCGGGGUAAGGCGUUCCGCGACGUUACGCUGCAAAUUGGCUGGGUCGCAACGACGGUUCCCCCGACGACGCCAACGACAAUACCAAACUCUGCCGUGGUUGUCGCUCCGGUUGGGGCCGCCGACGGCAAGGAAAAAUCGUCUGCGGAAGCCGUCGUCGAGCAGGAUGCCGCUGCCAAGGAAGGGGCGGAUGCUUCCGGUAAGGUCGCGGCCACCAUCGAAGGAGCCGUAGCCGUUGGUGGCGUUGGCGUCGGAGUUGGCGCUGGAGUGGACGCCAGCUCGGCCGCAUCGCUCGCUGACACGCUCACCGAGACCGGCUCCAUGGAGGAAGCGUCCGAGGUGCGCAUGGUCGAGGAGGAGGAAGAGGAAGAAGAGGAGGACCGCUCCUGGCGCCGUUGAUAAUCCAGCCAUCGCGAGAGAGGGAGAGGAACCAGUCUACUGAACUCUACAGAGCAACAGAAGGGAAAAACUCUUUCAUUUAUUGUCAGUAGCGUUUUAAGUGAACUUUGUUUCUUAUUUUUCUUCAAAAUAAUGUAGAUUGUAAGAUUUUCCACUCCACACACACACAAACAAACCUUUUCUUUGUUGUUAUCUAACUUUUUAGUCGACAGUUUUUUUUUGUAACGUUUGGAAUUGUUAGUAGCGAGUAAGGAAACUCGAUUCCCGACGACGACGACGAGCAAAAGCCGCCCAAAAUUAUCAUGUUAGUCAUACGAAUCGGCUGUCGAAGGCAUUUCUCAAACGAAACUCUCGUUGAGUGCUUUUUUAGUUGUUGUUUACCACCCCUCUUUCCAAAUUGGUUCGCGGAGGAGCUCGCGCGGACGGAAUCUAGCUUCCUUGAAGAAGAAACCACAGAAGCAAACAAAAAACGAUGGUAGUUUUAAAACAAAAAUCCCCCGAAAGGAAGAAAACAACUAGUAAUUAAAUAUUAAUUAUUACAAAUUUAAUCUAUAUACAAAAAUAGAUGAAAAAAUCUAGUGUUGAUACAAAUAACAAUUAAGUGUACAUACAGUGAUUUGUAAUCUUAACUAAAACACCUGCGAAAAAGGGAAAAUAACUUUAAUAUAUAUUCAAACAACAAACCACACACAAACAAACAACCGAUUAAGCGGAAAACGAAUACUUGUUAAAUUUAUUGCGCAAUCGAGAGAAAGAACAUCGCAGCGAGCACGCACCGUCAUCAACAGCAGCAUCUCGACGGCCAUCGUCAACCGACCCAAGAAACACACGUGGAGCGAGUCUUUUUUGUUUUCCUUUUCUCUUCCCGUUCUUUCUUCCAGAUAACGACAACGGCGGGGGUCACUGGACACUGGACAGCAGCAGCAGCAGCCGAGUCUUAGUUGAUAAGAGAAUCCCGUUUCUGUUGUUAUCAUAUAAGCAUAUUCGUUAGACAUGCCGCACACUGUUUAAAAGCGGAAGGAAAAUGUUUGGGUUGAAAUGCAAAAGCUGCUUAAAAAAUCCACAAGCAAAAACAUGCAAGAACGCCGAAAAAAAAUAACGAAUCAAGAAAAAAAAAAACAAAAAAAAAGAGAAAACAAAAAAGAUAUUCACGCAAGUCGGCAAAAGAGAAAGCAACAAAAAAGCUUGAAAAAAAAACAACAACAAAAGAUUGACGAGUUACGAUGGCAAAAAAUAAAGAUUGAUUUCAAAAAAGAGAAGAUUACAAAGAACUCGUAAACAGAGUUGGAGAUAGCUAUAAACUUA